ACUCAAAACGGACUGGUGGAACACCGCCGUUUUUCAUCAUGUCUUUGGUACAGCCUAUGAUUGCUGCGCCAGCGAGUGGUUCCCACUUUCGUUCGUGAUGACAUGGAAGUUACGCUGGCCGGUCUUGCAGUUUACGAUUCUUCCGACUUAUUGAGGCGCUUAAAAUCUAUAUUUUCGGCUUUGGCUAGGAACGUGCUUGAUAUUCCGACUGAGAUAUAUCUAGCGUUGUUUUUCGGUUUGCUUGUCAUGAUAGCCACGGCGCUAUGGUCGCGAAGGCCCCAUACACUGGCUGUUGGAGUAAAACGCGGCCGUGGUAGUCAUCCUUUUAGCUUCGAGACGUACCUAGCCGAAUGGCUCAAAGUGUACGUUGAUCAAGCGAAGAGUGACCCAGCUUCCUGGAUGCUUGCCUUAUUGAUACCGCAAAUCAACUUCGAACUAACCAGACUAAUCGGUUCUGCCGUUUCUGUCCAUGAUAUUAUUUUGAACAGCACUCCUCAUUAUCAAAUAAUCCAUAUGUCUUCUGAAUUACUAGGGGAUAUUACUGAAUCUGUGGCUACAACCGCUGUUUUCCUCCCCUCCGUUACAAUUUAUGCCCAAAUAAGUCUUUCUGACAGCUCUGCUUUGUAUUGCACUCUAAAAGCGUCCGUGAAGUCCAAGGUGAAAUUUUUCAUCAGUCAUCGCGACGCAGAUUUGCUCAUUGUGAAUAUGUACACUCUUCCUGAUACAGAAUUAUGCCCGAUAAGCCAUAGUCCGGAUUUCGACGUAGACUGGUUUAAAAAUCUGCUUGUAAAUGCCCUGCAACGAUGCAAAGUUGCUUGGACUCCGGAAACGCCUUCCACCUUCACACAUGCAGCUGCGAAUUUAACAGGAGAACUCUCGCGUACUUCAGUAUGGCGAACGAAGUCAUCGGAGUCUUCGGAUCCGGCCUUUCCUCCCCCCAGUGAUCCAGAUCCCCUUCCUUGUGCUGACGGUCAAGUAGUGUCAUGCAUUGGCACUGCAACUUCUACUGAUCUGGUUUAUGGAACGAGUAAUGUUUGCUUGACUGGCCACAUCGCUGCCGGAUCAAAUGCAAGAGUUUUCCCUGAUGACUAUAUUGGAUGCUCUCAGGAUGCCAGAAACGUUUCUUCCUAUUCUCUGGCUAACCACACAGAGGAUCCUGUUGUUCUUCCCUACAGUACACGUAUACAUCAGUCAAUAACUGCAAGUCAGCUCCCUAAAAAAUCAAGACCUCGUUUUCCACGUUCUGCCUCCUAUUACGGCGAAUCGACUUCAUUUAACGCAAACUCAGAAGAUAUCAACGAUGCGUAUGAGGGUUCUUGUGAACGUCUACUCCACUUACUUCCGAAUUCAGUCUCAACAGGCUUCAAACCACCUAUAACUUCGGAAGUUAUUUCGCACAAUACGCAGCGCAUCUCUGGUCGAAAUUUAGAAGAUUUGGAACCGGUAAAUGAUCCAUAUGGGUCCCCGCUAUCUUCAAGAGCCUUCGAGUCAGCGCUCCUUCCUAGAAAGCCCAAAGCAGCCGCAUCAACAAAAACGAAAAUGAGUUGUCCUAUGGAUAACAGGAAGCUGCUCAUUAAAGUUGUUAAGGCCGAUGGUCUUAUUCUCAAAGGUACAUCAAACGCUUACUGCGUUGUCGAGUUAGAUGAGCCCUAUCAACGUCACACAACACACUGUUCUUCUGCUGGCCAGCUGUUUUGGGACCAGCAUUUGCUUUUUGAUUUGAACAAUAACUCCAAACGGGUAGCUUUGGAGGUCUACGAACUUGCAAAACGAAAAAAAUCCGUCUCCAAGGGCCGUACGGAGCUGUUUCUUCCUAGUCUACUUAUCACCUCUGCGAAUAUUGAUUCCGUCAAGCCAUCUGCUCCUGAGAGUACUUCCGAAUUUCGCCGUCGGUUACCGCUGCUAGAACGUCCCGAGUCUCCUCUGUUCGCACUUACCGACACCAGUGCAGCCGGUGGGAUCCAGCUGGGACAUGUGGUAUCCGACUUUUCAUUCCCCACUGCACCUCUACAAGGGCACAAUCCUGCGAUCACAGUGGAGUUUCAUUUUAUGGAAAGGACUAGCGAAGAGUCACUUGCGAAUAGGCUUCGUCUUCAUGGAGAGUUCAGUCCAGUACCUGCUGUCCAGCGUGUAUAUUCAUUCCGUGCCGGACUGCAGUCUUUUAGUACCCACGAUAGCCCCGUUCUCGGUCUCACUGUUCCCUCCGAGUCUUUGUCGCAUUCAACCUCACUGGAGUUUCCAGUCACAAACUUCGUUCCAAGUAAGGAUGUUUCCGGCUUGGUUGAUGGUCAUACUGCACAGGAAUCAGCGCAGUCGGACAACGGUGUGGACAGCGUGCUUCAAGCUAAUGCGGAAUCGCCAACUGUCACUACCAGUUGUGGGGCCGAGUUACAUCGCAGUGGUUACUUGCCAACCUCUCCCGUGCUUUUAACCUCAAAAAUACUUUCCCCUAUUCCCCCUAACUGGGCUCUGUUGGAAGAGGUGGUGGGCUCUGAUCCAACGGCUCGGGACUCACAAUCAACAUCGUUUGGGUUUGCAGAGUCGGAGUUAUUACUGACCAGAAGUCCUACGCGGAGCGACACUACAUUUGAUCUUUCUGAAUCUCAAGAGGAGGCACCUUCGUCUACUUGCAUUGAACAAUUGAGAGACACGUGUCCUGUUGAGGAGCCCAUUUCUGAAGACACCCAUCGAUUUGACAAGGAGGAAACCGGCGAUUCGGCAUCCAGCGGAUCGUGGAAAAAAUCUGACUUGCACGCCAACGUUAUUGGCAGUUCGUCCCAGCAGGGUUCAACCUUUUUGGAUUCUGAAUUCACGGGAUCCAAGGAUGAUCACUCAUCCAGUUCAACCUCGACACUACCUAAUUUCUCGCCCAGGAGCCAUUCUCUCGCUAGUCGACUAAAGUCAUCACGGCUUCUCUCUCCCGGCGUGAUGAAGUCUUCCAAGCGAACUGGGGAUGAUUCGGGUGUCGGCGGUCCUAAUUCUCUCGCUUUGUUGGGACCAUCACGCCAUUUGGCCGGUGUUGUCGCCAGCCUUAGCACCCUGCCGACUGACCCACGUACUUCUCCUCUUGAUGCUGCGGCUCUCGCAUCAGCAAUCGCUGUUGCUGGAGCCACGGGAAACUGGAAACGGGAAGCGCUCAUCCAAGGACAGGCACCGCGUGUGACCACUGCACGGGUGGAGCGGUAUAAUGUCACUACCUUUGAGAAUCCUGCCCACGACCCUCCAGUUCAUCAUUUGCCUCCUGCCGCGUCAGUUGCAGCGGAAAGUCCCGGUACUUAUACCGCCUUCAGUCAACCUCGCCGUUCUGAGGCAAAUUUAAGCUUACUCCGUCUAUUCAGACAUCGGAAGAAACGUUUUCGCUCCGUUGAGGCUGAGAAGCUCCUUUACUUGGAAAGUAUGGACUUAGGAGACUUGGACGCCAUAUCUACCGAAGGCUACUACCGUAUCAUUCAGGACGACGAAACUGACAACCAGGAUUCUUAAUUAAAUGGACCGGCUCAGCACCUAUUUGCUAUACACUCGUUUUUUAUCUCUUGUUGUAUUUAUAAUACAUUGCAGUUAUUCGGUAGUGUGUGCAACCGUCGUUUGCGAACUCUUCGCUCUAACUUUUAUUUGUAAAUUUGGUCUUGUCAAUAGACUCAUUCCCUUGCAAAUUAUUCGUUCCCAUCGAGAUAACUCCUUUUCUCCCUUGGUUGCUGUCUCUGUGUGUGUGUGUGUACACUUCGCACCAUUUUCUACUGCAUUUUUAUGAUUUAAGUGUUUGUGUUUCUUCGGAGUGUUUUCCGAAAGUUUUUUUCUUCUCAUUGUGAUUCUUCAAUUUGUCAUGUCCCCUCGCUUUGAAGAGCAACCUUUUCGUUCUCACUUGUACCCAAUAUGUUGCAUACGAUUCACCACGAACAUUGCUAUCUUUUCAUCAACAUAAUCAACAUGAUGAUUCCAAGUUUAAACAUGAGUCAUUCAUGAAUCAGAAAAACGACGGUGCUAAUCUGUUCUAUUUGCUCUCAACCCAAACUGCCCUUCAUGAUUCUACUCACCGAUUUCAUUAAACAAUUGCUGCAUCAUUCCCAGUCUCUCGUUCCAUGCAGAAGGACCAUGAAUUAACUACCAGUGCUACAACGAAAGACGGAGCAAUUUCGGGAGUUAUCGUUGUCCCCCCUUAGCACUUGUUGCUGUUUUUCAUUCUUCGCCGAUCUUUGGAAAUGCACACUACUUAACUCGUGAAUAUCAUGAGCCUACCGGGGGAGAUUCUGUGCUGCUACUCAGCCUGCGAUUAUACAGAAAAGUUGUACGUCAACUCUGUGCUGUCACGUCUUAUAACUUUCACUCUUCUCCACGGUAAUUCUCCCACCGUAUGCCUCUGUCACGAUUUACUUUUGCUUUCCAUUUCCAGUGGUCAUUGUUCUUCCUGUCUGUCAGCUUUUAUUAGCCAUCCACUCCACUCAGCAUUAGUCGCCUUCUUUCGCACUGAUGAUGACAUUUGUCCUCUUGUAUCUUUCUGUUUGGAUCCCGGAUGAUUCAAGUCUACUGUGUUACCUUCAUUUGUAUUAUUAUCGGGUAAUGUGUAGCGGGCAGUGUCCUCAAUAAACAUCUACUGAGACCCC